AUGUUAUUCACCGGUGCACCACUUCCGUCCACAAUUGAUGAUUCUUCUUGCACCAUUGAGAACUUCGACAGCUCUCUCCAUAGCCUCUUAGGAUGGGAAGAAAAUUGCCAAUUGCCGCGAAGUGAUUCUUCCCUUGCAGCGUGGCGGUCCCUCCCGCUCAUCAGGAAACCUCUCCACACCGGGUUCUCCCAGCUGCACCGUUUCGAGGACUCCUUUAUCAGGCCAAGCAACGACUUCUUCAACACUUAUGACGGAAUAUCCAAGGUAGAUGAUCCGUCGUUCCAGGACAAGGAAGCCCUCACGCAAUUCUGUGAGCAGUCGCUCGCUUUGCACAACCCCAUACCUUCUUCUCAACUUGAAGAUAGUGUUGAUCGCAGCAUGACCACCACGACCACGGAUGGAUCUUUUAUGAGCACCGACACUUUCACGAGCGACCCUGGGUCUAUAGUUCCGCCUCAACUCUCAUGUCACUUGUCACACCUGAAAGAUAUACCACCAGCUCAUCAAAUACCUUCUCUCCAACCUAGCGUGAAAACCAUCAAUCUCGUUGUUGGGGUGAUUUCCAUUGCGCAGCCCCGAACGGUAACCACUCGUUGGGGUACGAGCCUUUCACUUGUCGAGGUUCUCGUAGGUGAUGAAGGUAAAUGUGGCUUUGGCAUUACUUUUUGGCUGUCCAAGGAUGCCGCGCUUCAGAGUGCGGUGACGAUGCUUCGAAGACAAGAUGUGGUCCUAGUGCGAAAUAUCGCACUCCACGUUUUCAGAAACAAGGUCUAUGGCCAAAGCCUUCGCCGAGGGCUUACAGAGCUUAGCCUUCUCUGGAGGAAAGAUGGAGGCGGUCAUUAUUCAACCAGGGAUCUGUCCAGAGACGAACCAUCAAAACACCCACAAAAAGAGAAGGCAAGGGUCGUAAAGAACUGGGUAAUACAGUUCGUUGGAGGAGACAUUCCCUUGGAGUCAAAGAGGUCUAAAAAGUCAUGGGACGAUCCUCCGGACGAUUCACAAUAA